AUUCCGGACAAAGCGAAGGCCACAAGAGAUUGCUUGGAUCUGCCCCUGUCCCAACGCUGUACAUAUGUACAUCUCAUUCGUGCAUAGCCAGACCGAGCUUUGAUCGUUCUGAUGUCGAAGAUGGAAUGUUGGAAUUGGUCACGUGACCGGCAUCUAAAAUUUCUGAAAAGACUGUGAAAUUUACAAUUGAGUGAGACGAGAAUUUUCCAUGUCCUCGCUUCACUUUAGGAUUCCUGAUAAAAGGCUAGAAGAUACAAACCAUCAAACUAAGCGGCGUAAAACUGUGACGGAACCAGUUCGAAAACAGCCAUUCUCCUCAACAUCUAACGUUUGAAAGCUUUACCCGUUGAGAUAAGUGUAUUUGAAAAUGCCUUUUGCAGUGCCGUGAGGCAGCCUAGAAACUGCUUUAAGACUUCACAGAAUGUCCGAGAUAGGUCAAGUUCAGUACCAUGGUGUGGUACCUAAAGCCGACUCACUUCUGGAUUGCACCAGGGACGGAACAUCGCCUGUGGGAACACAAACAGGCUCUUCCAGGCGUAAACAAAAGACGCCAGGCCGGGCAGUCGCAUUCCCCAAACAGGAGCCUGAGAGUGAUGGGGAAUCGACUGAAGUGUGGACAGAGGUAGAGAUGAAUCCUGAAACCCGGGCAUAUGCUCAUCCAGCCAGUGUACUAGAAGAUCCCCGGCCUGCAUCUGAUGUUACCACUACAGAAAGUCACAGUGUCGUCGGUAACGACUCUGAGAGCGAAGAUUCGUCAGGAUCGGAGGGAGGGGAAGGUCAUGCUGGCGUGGCCAUGGUAGCGGCGAGUGAAACGAAAACCACACCUGUGCCGGUCUGCCUGUUCAAAAAUACGGACAUAGCAGGAACGUCUGAGAACUACGGGUCAACGUCUGUCGAUGAGAGCAAGAUACCAUCGUAUUCGUGUCAUAUAUGCCAGCAGAAUUUUAUAGGGGAGCACAUAUUACAGGAGCACCUGAAAAUUCAUGGCAUAAAGCCAGAACUUUCUUUUCCAUGUCACAUUUGUGGCAAAGUUCUCACGAGAGAGAAAUACUUAACGAAACACCUGAAGAUACAUGCGCGCUCAGCCCUUCGACCGUUUAGCUGCAAAACAUGUGGAAGUAGCUUUGGAAGCCGAAAAAACCUCCGUCAACACGAGCGCAUUCACAAGAAGAACAAACCUCUCAAGUGCCCGAAGUGUCCAAAGAGGUUCGAUUUCAAGGGAGGCUUAAUGACGCACCUAGCGAAGCACAAUGAACAUAGGCCGUACGUAUGCCCCGAAUGUCCCCAGGCUUUCAAAACGAAGGACACCUUAACUAGGCAUGUCCGAAGGGGACAGCACUUGAUUGAAGAAGAGGAUGAAGACACGAAGGAGUCGGAAUCUAUUCAGAAAUCUGAAGAUGCAUCCCGAAAUAAUUUCACCAAGAUUACCUCCCUCGACGCUGCGAAAACUGAGCCAAAGAGAACAGCUAUUACAACGCCCUCAAUUGGCACGAGAGACUCUGUGAAUGCGGCAAGUACAUCUGACGAAGUCGAAAAUGGUACGGAUAAAAUGAAAUUUAAUUCAUAUGGCCAGCAGAAAUGUGAGAGGACGGGAAACGAAAGUGUUGAUGUAGAAAUGGAAAAUUAUUUUGUGCAGAAAGACAGAAAAUGUGUGUAUGGCGAUGAUAAUUCAUCCGGAAGUGGAACAUCUACGCAAAAGGAUACCCCAGAAGAAUCCAGAAUGGAUCCUGUUCUUGAGGUGAAAACUGAGAAAGAAGCUGAUCCGUGUUUGCCAGAAAAGCGUAAAAAAAAAGCUUGGAACAGAUCAACGUUCGUAGCUGUUAAAGUGGAACCUGAUGUUUAUGUUUGUUUCACUUGCCGAAAGAAAUGUUUCAGUAGCGAGGAGUUUCAGGAUCAUCUGAAACAGCAUACUUCCAACAAACCGUUCGUGUGCUGGCAGUGUGGUCGUGGACUCACCUCACGGACUUCGCUGAACCGCCAUAUGAUAACACACAGCACAGAAAAGCCUCUGACCUGUGAAGUCUGCGGCAAGGGGUUUAUAUACAACUGUGAUCUGCAAGACCACAAGCGCUCUCACACGGGUGAAAGGCCGUUCGUCUGUCCCGUGUGCGGAAAGACCUUCGCCACAAGGGGGAUUUUCAACGGGCACAAGAAGCUUCAUUCCGAAGAGAAAACGCACAUCUGUCCUGAAUGCUUGAAGGGAUUCGUCAGCAAACGGGCGCUAAAAAGACAUAUGUUCUCCCACACGAACGCCCGACCUUUCCAGUGCGAUGUAUGCCCACAAGGCUUCAAGUGUGCGGGAGGGCUCAAGAGACACAUGCGGCGCCACGAGGGCAUUAUUACGCACGUUUGCGAAUUUUGUAAUCGCGGUUUCGGCCAUUUAACGGACUACCAGCGCCACGUUCGGAUUCACACGGGAGAAAGACCCUUCACGUGCGAGGUGUGCGGGAAAGGCUUCAAGCAGAACCAUCACCUGUCGGAUCAUGUACGAACCCACACAGGCGAGAAGCCGUACCAGUGUCAGUACUGUCCACAGCGAUGUGCCACCAAGUCGGGACUACAGAAGCACCAUCGGCGUCACGGACCUGAAGGGGACCUGCCUAUAGAUAAAAUUAGCUUUCCUGGCGAAUUCUCAGACAGCGGCUAGCGGCGUGUAUAUGCUGGCGGACCAGGAUGGGGCCUGUCUAUCCGAAAAAGUUGCCAUUUCCUGGGAAGUUCACAAGUCAUCGAAAGACCGGAGUCCGCUUGCACAAAGGCAUUAUAAAUCACUAAAAUCUCGGUCGUAGCCUUCAAUCGACACCCUCUUCCACGAAGGAAUUGUAGGCUGCGAUAUUCGUAACUUGCACUCAAAAUUACAAUCGAGUCCACCCCACUGUAAAUACUUACAGUCGCCCUAAAUUAAGGCGAAUUAGAAAUACAUAGAUUACGUAGACUGUUAGUGCUUUUCUCUACUCGAUGCGCAAUGUAAUUGCCUGAAAAAGAUGUUACAUUUUCUAACGUGUUUUUUCAGUGGUGAAUUAUUAUGAUUGAAAUCUUUUGAAGUUUAAGGUAAGAAAAGUUAUUCACCGGUAUAUUGUCCAUUUACACAUGCUACUUUUAUGUACGAAUCAAAUUUAGCCUACGAUUGCGAUUGUAACUUAAAAAAUUUACAACUACCUUUCAAUUUCUUUGUACAGCUUAUUUUUACAGUGAAUUGUAAACUCAAUUGUAGGGUUAACAGUCGAUUGUAACUACAAUCUCUCUGUGCAAUAAGGUCCAGGGAUUUGUCUGGCAGCCACAAGUUGUGUGGGCAUCAUGAAAACAUUGUAUCGGACCAGAAGGGGACCUGUCUUUCCAUGUAGUUAGUUUUCUUCAGACAGCAACCAGGGAUGCGGAUAUCUUGCAUUCAAAGUUUAGGACCAGAAUGGGACCCUGCCAAUCCAUGUAAUUCGAAUUUACCCGGGACAUUCAUCGUGCAGACAUGGUUUGGGACCAAAAAUGGACCUACCUUUUUUAUUGAUAUAUCUUAUCGGAUUUUAAAAGGUAUUCUGUCUAGGAGUGUACAAUUACUUUUCCUUGGAUCUUCUGAGAAAGCGACUGAUUGGUUUCAUUCUUGUGUAGUUAAAUGUUAACUGUAUGGAGACUCGAGUUCCUCGUAUUUUCUUGGGCGGAAAAUUGUAUGUUUUACUGAUUAUAUGUAAAAUCUUUUUGUCAAGUUUGUUUACAAGUCACGUGUUGGAAGAAAAUUAUCGCAUAGUGAAAUUCAACAAUGCAUGAAUCCUAUAAUAUUUCUUUUUCUUUUUAACAUUUUAAAAUGAUUUUGUUCAGUCCAUGGUGCUAAGGGGCGUGAUGUAAGCUACAUGUUAACCUCUGUUCUAGAUACUUAGAAUAAAACCCUGUCUGCUGUGAAAAAGAUUUUAUCAGUGUUAUGGUAUUACACGCAUCUCUUUCUAUUAUUUGUUUGCUUGAUACAGAAUGUUUAACGUCAUACCCAAGAAUUGUGGACUUACAUAAUUUCUCUCUCUGUUUCAUAUGUGAAUGAAGGAAUUCAGAUUGUUCGCGGUAAACCACGGGGUCUUGUCAGGUUACUUUCUCACAGUAUUAAAUAACGUGUUAAUUCAACAGUUAUGGUAUUCAUUAUCAAUUGUGGCUUCAGUGUCCACUGAUGAUCACAUAUUAGGACAAUAAUGAAGAAGCUAUAGCAGCGUGAACAUAGUGGUUGGUAAAAGUUCACGGUC